AUGUCUAUUGUGCACGGUGUUGUUCUGCACCAUGGCCCCAUGGCUGAGGCCAACAUGUCUGCUAGUCUGGAGAGGUUAGUUACUUCCUGUGGAGUAUAAAUUCAUUCUGGAGGAGUGGUAGGGGGAGUCUCACCCCCUGACUUGAGAGAGGAGAUAGGAAGGAAGGAAGGAAAGGAGGAGAGGGAAAAGAUAGAGGAUGAGGAGAAAUUGACUAAGAGUAAAGGAAUGUAACUGGUUUAGGAGAGUGAUUGAAUAAUAAGUCAGUGGAGAAGCAGGGCUUCUUGUUUUUAAGAUGUGCAGCAGCGGGGGAUCUUCAAUUCUUUUUGAACAUCUAAAGGCCCACAUCACAGUUUAGAGGCGACUUAUCCUCUUUCCAAAGCAGAUGUUAAAAAGAGAUGCAAUUAAUAACAGAUUUUAGAAGUUUUUCCCUUCACACAACCAACAUAACACAACCCACAUAACACAACCCCACAUAACACAACCCACAUAACACAACAUAACAGCAUCUGAACUAAUUAAUGGGUAAUAAUAAUGGGAAUGUCAUAAUAACAUUGACACUCAUAUAUCUUAAGGGCCAUUCAUACACACAUACACACAGUCAGAGAGAGACAGAGAGAGACAGAGAGAGAGAGAGAGAGAGAGAGAGAGAGAGAGAGAGAGAGAGAGAGAGAUGCACAAUCACACUCCCUCUGCACUCAAAUCCACACGCUAAUUGAAAAACAAGUCAGUCGCCAGAGGUGAUACUAAACUUCCUUAUGCUUUAAUUUCCUUACAAGCUGGUGUAUGCAUGCACAAACACACAAACAUACACAAAUGUACACACACACACACACAUAGCAGGGGGAUGCAGAUAGUCAGGUGCAGCCCUCACACACACACAACACGCACACAGUGAAGGAAAGGUGUCUCUGUAAGGCAGAGUCUUGCUCUUGGCUCUGGGGUAAUACAGUUGAAGUCAGAAGUUUGCAUACACUUAGGUUGGAGUCAUUAAAACACGUUUUUCAACCACUCCACAAAAUUCUUGUUAACAAACUAUUGUUUUGGCAAGUCGGUUAGGACACCUACUUUGUGCAUGACACAAGUAAUUUUUCCAACAAUUGUUUACAGACAGAUUAUUUCACAUAUAAUUCACUGUAUCACAAUUCCAGUGGGUCAGAAGUUUACAUACACUAAGUUGACUGUGCCUUUAAACAGCUUGGAAAAUUCCAGAAAAAUAAGUAAUGGCGUUAGAAGCUUCUGAUAAGCUAAUUGACAUCAUUUGAGUCAAUUGGAGGUGUCCCUGUGGAUGUAUUUUAAGGCCUACCUUCAAUUGCAAUGCCUCUUUGCUUGACAUCAUGGGAAAAUAUAAAGAAAUCAGCCAAGACCUCCGAAAAAUAAUUGUAGACCUCCACAGGUCUGGUUCAUCCUUGGGAGCAAUUUUCAAACGCCUGAAGGUACCACGUUCAUCUGUACAAACAAUAGUACGCAAGUAUAAACACCAUGGGACCAUGCAGCCGUCAUACCGCUCAGGAAGGAGACGCGUUCUGUCUCCUAGAGAUUAACGUACUUUGGUGCGAAAAGUGUAAAUCAAUCCCAGAACAACAGCAAAGGACCUUGUGAAGAUGCUGGAGGAAACAGGUACAAAGGUAUCGAUAUCCACAGUAAAAAUAGUCCUAUAUCGACAUAACCUUAAAGGCCGCUCAGCAAGGAAGAAGCCACUGCUCCAAAACUGCCAUAAAAAAGCCAGACUACGGUUUGCAACUGCACAUGGGGAGAAAGAUCGUACUUUAUGGAGAAAUGUCCUCUGGUCUGAUAAAACAAAAAUAGAACUGUUUGGCCAUAAUGACCAUCGUUAUGUUUGGAGGAAAAAGGGGAACGCUUGAAAGCCGAAGAACACCAUCCCAACCGUGAAGCACGUGGGUGGCAGCAUCAUGCUGUGGGGGUGCUUUGCUGCAGGAGGGACUGGUGCACUUCACAAAAUAGAUGGCAUCAUGAGGAAGGAAAAUUGUGUGGAUAUAUUGAAGCAACAUCUCAAGACAUCAGUCAGGAAGUUAAAGCUUGGUCGCAAAUGGGUCUUCCAAAUGGACAAUGACCCCAAGCAUACUUCCAAAGUUGUGGCAAAAUGGCUUAAGGACAACAAAGUCAAGGUAUUGGAGUGGCCAUCACAACGCCCUGACUUCAAUCCUAUAGAAAAGUUGUGGGCAGAACUGAAAAAGCGUGUGCGAGCAAGGAGGCCUACAAACCUGACUGUUACACCAGCUCUGUCAGGAGGAAUGGGCCAAAAUUUACCCAACUUAUUGUGGGAAGCUUGUGGAAGGCUACCCAAAACGUUUUACCCAAGUUAAACAAUUUAAAGGCAAUGCUACCAAAUACCAAUUGCGUGUAUGUAAACUUCUGACCCACUAGGACUGUGAUGAAAUAAAUAAAAGCAAUUAUUCUGACAUUUCACAUUCUUAAAAUAAAGUGGUGAUCCUAACUGACCUAAGUCCCCUGUAGCUCAGUUGGUAGAGCAUGGCGCUUGCAAUACCAGGGUUGUGGGUUCGCAUCCCACGGGGGGCCGGUAUGAAAAUGUAUGCACUCACUAACUGUAAGUCACUCUGGAUAAGAGCGUCUGCUAAAAUGACUAAAAUGUAAAAAAUGUAAGACAGGGAAUAUUUACUAGGAUUAAAUGUCAGGAAUUGUGAAAAACUGAGUUUAAAUGUAUUUGUCUAAGGUGUAUGUAAACUUCCUACUUCAACAUCAUAUCAUUUGUUGCCAAGGAUACAGGACACAUUGAGUGAGGGAGAGAGAGAGACAAAGAGUGAGUAGCAGACAUGUGGAGAGAGAGAGAGUAAGUGGGAGAGAGAGUGAGAGAAGGAGUGAGGUAGAGAGGAAUCAGUCAUGUUGGAUGGGGCUGGAAUAGGAGAGGAGAUGAGGCGUUAGGGGUGGGGCCAGAGAGAGGAAGGCAAAAAUAAAUGAAAUCCGACUGGCUGGUCAAAGGGGGCAGGGCCAUCCUCACUCUCUCUUCCUCUCUGCCAUUCCUUCCCUUUCUUUGUCUGUCUACUGAGGGGAGAAACACCAGAGAAAACAGUGUGUGUGACAGAGAGGGAGCGAGAGAGAAGAGGGAAAGGGAGGGGGGAGAGGGGAGGACAAGAGAGGAAUGAGGAGGAAUGGAAUGGAGAUACAUACCUUAUUUUCAGACAAUAACCUCUUUCAUGUCCUCACAUCUGUGUCCUACCUGACAGUGGUUUCUCCUCCCUCUCUCCUGUGCGUGUAUGUGUAUGCGUGUGCCGGCUAGCAGAGCUAGUGGAUGCCCGUUCUGUUUAACGGGACGUCAGGCUGAAGCUGAAGUGGGCUGCUGUCUCGCUCUCCCUGAGUGAGUGGCAUCUUCACACAGCUGGGACCACAGAGACUGUCUCCCCCUCUCUCUCUCAUACAGCACUCAGCAGCAAGGUAAGACUAGAAUGCUCCUUCACCUCUCUCUCUCUCACACACACACACACACACACACACACACACACAGGCAGGGGGUCACAGUAAGAGACAGAGGUUGCCCUGGAGAGGGAUAUGCGUAAGUGAGGGUAUGCAUUUCUCUGAUGACAGAGACACCGGUUACCGUGGAGCGAUAGUAAGGGUUGAGGACAGUGAUUUCUCUGGUGAUAAAGAGUGUUAUGGAUGGAGACACCGGUCUUCUUGGUGACAGAGACAGAUGGAGGGCUGCAGUGCUGCAGACUGAAGCGACUGACUGACUGCCCCUCUCUUUGUGCUGCUGGAGAUAGUAAAGAUGAAAUGUGGAGCCACCCCCUUCCUCCACCCUCCACUCACUCAGCUAAACAGCUAUACAGUACACUUCUCCAUUUGUCUUAUGAAAUGCCCAUACUUUCUCUCUCUCUCUCUCUCUCUCUCUCUCUCUCUCUCUCUCUCUCUCUCUCUCUCUCUCUCUCUCUCUCUCUCUCUCUCUCUCUGUGUCUCUCUCUCUCUCUCUUUCUCUCUCUCUCUCUCUCUGUCUCUCUCUCUCUCUUUUUCUCUCUCUCUUUCUCUCUCUCUCUCUGUCUCUCCUUCUGCUCUCUCUCUCUCUGUCUCUCCUUCUGCUCUCUCUCUGUGCAAUUGCUUCUGUUUAGCAUCGCUUUGAGAAAAUCAUGAUGUUAUCUCAUUGUUGAGUGUCAGUCAUCUUACAUACAAAAUGUCUGCAUGUGUGUGUUAGAGGUCAUGUGUGAGACACAGCUUGGGGUAGAAUGGUAGUGGGGAUGGGGGAGGGGUACAGAGAGGCUUUUGUGCAGGAAAUUGAAUCAUUAUUGAUUGCUAUGGUGAUCUCAGGCAGCACUAGAGACACGCUGACCAUUACAACUCUCUAUACUGUAUUGUGUGUGAUGUGGACUAGACAGAGAUGAGAUCUCUACAUUACCAAAAGUAUGUGAACACCUGCUCGUCGAACAUCUAAUUCCAAAAUCAUGGGCAUUAAUAUGGAGUUGGUCCCCCCUUUGCUGCUAUAACAGCCUCCACUCUUCUGGGAAGACUUUCCACUAGAUGUUGGAACAUUGCUGCAGGGACUUGCUUCCAUUCAGCCACAAGAGCAUUAGUGAGGUUGGUCACCGAUGUUGGGCGAUUAGGCCUGGCUUGCAGUCUGCAUUUCAAUUAAUCCCAAAGGUGUUCCAUGGGGUUGAGGUCAGGUCUCUGUGCUGGCCAGUCAAGUUCCUCCACACCGAUCUCGACAAACUAUUUCUGUAUGGACCUCGCUUUGUGCAUGGGGGCAUUGUCAUGCUGAAACAGGAAAGGGCCUUCCCCAAACUGUUGCCACAAAGUUGGAAGCACAGAAUCGUCUAGAAUGUCAUUGUAUGCUGUAGCGUUAAGAUUUCCCUUCACUGGAGCUAAGGGGCCUAGCCCGAACCAUGAAAAACAGCCCCAGACCAUUAUUCUUCCUCCACCAAACUUUACAGUUGGCACUAUGCAUUGGGGCAGGUAGAGUUCUCCUGGCAUCCGCCAAACCCAGAUUCGUCCGUCAGACUGUCAGAUGGUGAAGCGUGAUUCAUCACUCCAGAGAACGUGUUUCCACUGCUCCAGAGUCCAAUGGCGGCGAGCUUAACACCACUCCAGCCGACGUUUGGCAUUGCGCAUGGUGAUCUUAGGCUUGUGUGCGGCUGGUCAGCCAUGGAAACCCAUUUUAUGAAGCUCCCGACGAACAGUUUAUGUGCUGAUGUUGCUUCCAGAGGUAGUUUGGAAAUCGGUAGUGAGUGUUGCAACCGAGGACAGAUGAUUUUUACUCACUACACUCUUCAGCGGUCCUGUUCUGUGAGCUUGUUUGGCCUACCACUUCGCGGCUAAGCCAUUGUUGCUUCUAGACGUUUCCACUUCACAAUAAGAGCACUUACAGUUGACCGGGGCAGCUUUAGCAGGGCAGAAAUUUGACGAACUGACUUGUUGGAAAGGUGACAUCCUAUGACGGUGCCACGUUGAAAGUCAUUGAGCAUUUCAGGAAGGCCAUUCUACUGCCACUGUUUGUCUAUGGAGAUUGCAUGGCUGUGUGCUCAAUUCUACACACCUGUCAGCAACAGGUGUGGCUGAAAUAACCAAAUCCACUAAUUUGAAAGGGUGUCCACAUACGUUUGUAUAUACAGUGGGGGAAAAAAGUAUUUAGUCAGCCACCAAUUGUGCAAGUUCUCCCACUUAAAAAGAUGAGAGAGGCCUGUAAUUUUCAUCAUAGGUACACGUCAACUAUGACAGACAAAUUGAGAAAAAAUAAUCCAGAAAAUCACAUUGUAGGAUUUGUAAUGAAUUUAUUUGCAAAUUAUGGUGGAAAAUAAGUAUUUGGUCAAUAACAAAAGUUUCUCAAUACUUUGUUAUAUACCCUUUGUUGGCAACGGCACAGGUCAAAUGUUUUCUGUAAGUCUUCACAAGGUUUUCACACACUGUUGCUGGUAUUUUGGCCCAUUCCUCCAUGCAGAUCUCCUCUAGAGCAGUGAUGUUUUGGGGCUGUCGCUGGGCAACACGGACUUUCAACUCCCUCCAAAGAUUUUCUAUGGGGUUGAGAUCUGGAGACUGGCUAGGCCACUCCAGGACCUUGAAAUGCUUCUUACGAAGCCACUCCUUCGUUGCCCGGGUGGUGUGUUUGGGAUCAUUGUCAUGCUGAAGGACCCAGGCACGUUUCAUCUUCAAUGCCCUUGCUGAUGGAAGGAGGUUUUCAAUCAAAAUCUCACGAUACAUGGCCCCAUUCAUUCUUUCCUUUACACGGAUCAGUCGUCCUGGUCCCUUUGCAGAAAAACAGCCCCAAAGCAUGAUGUUUCCACCCCCAUGCUUCACAGUAGGUAUGGUGUUCUUUGGAUGCAACUCAGCAUUCUUUGUCCUCCAAACACGACGAGUUGAGUUUUUACCAAAAAGUUAUAUUUUGGUUUCAUCUGACCAUAUGACAUUCUCCCAAUCCUCUUCUGGAUCAACCAAAUGCACUCUAGCAAACUUCAGAUGGGCCUGGACAUGUACUGGCUUAAGCAGGGGGACACGUCUGGCACAGCAGGAUUUGAGUCCCUGGCGGCGUAGUGUGUUACUGAUGGUAGGCUUUGUUACUUUGGUCCCAGCUCUCUGCAGGUCAUUCACUAGGUCCCCCCGUGUGGUUCUGGGAUUUUUGCUCACCGUUCUUGUGAUCAUUUUGACCCCACGGGGUGAGAUCUUGCGUGGAGCCCCAGAUCGAGGGAGAUUAUCAGUGGUCUUGUAUGUCUUCCAUUUCAUAAUAAUUGCUCCCACAGUUGAUUUCUUCAAACCAAGCUGCUUACCUAUUGCAGAUUCAGUCUUCCCAGCCUUGUGCAGGUCUACAAUUUUGUUUCUGGUGUCCUUUGACAGCUCUUUGGUCUUGGCCAUAGUGGAGUUUGGAGUGUGACUGUUUGAGGUUGUGGACAGGUGUCUUUUAUACUGAUAACAAGUUCAAACAGGUGCCAUUAAUACAGGUAACGAGUGGAGGACAGAGGAGCCUCUUAAAGAAGAAGUUACAGGUCUGUGAGAGCCAGAAAUCUUGCUUGUUUGUAGGUGACCAAAUACUUAUUUUCCACCAUAAUUUGCAAAUAAAUUCAUUAAAAAUCCUACAAUGUGAUUUUCUAGAUUUUUUUUCCUCAAUUUGUCUGUCAUAGUUGACGUGUACCUAUGAUGAAAAUUACAGGCCUCUCUCAUCUUUUUAAGUGGGAGAACUUGCACAAUUGGUGGCUGACUAAAUACUUUUUUCCCCGACUGUAUAGUGUCUAUAUAGUGUAUAUAUAUAGUGUAUAUUUAGUGUAUGAGCGGUCUAUCUGUCAUGUAUUUUGUAUGAACAAUACAUUCUCCAUUAUCGUAAGUGUGUGUGUGUGUGUGUGUGUGCAUUUAUGUUUAUGCGUGCGUGCAUAAUGUUUUUGUGCGAGACUAUGCACAGUGCUGUAUACCGGUAUCUGUGUGAGAGAGGGUUAGUGUAUGUGUGUAUACAGUGUUUGCUGUAUAUUGACAGCUACAGUAGAUGAGUAAGCAAAAGUCUAGUCUCUGCCUGUGGACACAAGGAGGAUGUAAAAAUAGCUUUUUUUACCCCCUGAAUUAGAGAGAUUUCCUGUGUGCUAACAUACUAAUUAUAAUCCCUCUGCGGUCUCGUGCGCACACACACACACACACACACACACACCUACUCAUUCAAGGGUUUUUAUUUUUUACUAUUUUCUACAUUGUAGAGUAAUAGUGAAGACAUCAAAACUAUGAAAUAACACAUAUGGAAUCAUGUAGUAACCAAAAAAGUGUUAAACAAAUCAAAAUAUAUUUCAUAUUUGGGAUUCUUCAAAUAGCCACCCUUUGCCUUGAUGACAGCUUUGCACACUCUUGGCAUUCUCUCAACCAGCUUCAUGAGGAUGCCUGGAAUGCAUUUCAAUUAACAGGUGUGCCUUGUUAAAAGUUAAUUUGUGGAAUUUAUUUACUUCUUCUUUAUGUGUUUGAGCCAAUCUGUUGUGUUGUGACCAAGUAGGGGGGGUAUACAGAAGAUAGCCCUAUUUGGUAAAAUACCAAGUCCAUAUUAUGGCAAGAACAUCUGAAAUAAGCAAAGAGAAACAACAGUCCAUCAUUCCUUUAAGACAUGAAGGUCGGUCAAUACGGAACAUUUCAAGAACUUUGAAAGUUUCUUCAAGUGCAGUCACAAAAACCAUCAAGCGUUAUGAUGAAACUGGCUCUCAUGAGGACCGCCACAGGAAUGGAAGACCCAGAUUUGCCUCUGCUAGAGAGGAUAAAUUCAUUAGAGUUACCAGCCUCCGAAAUUGCAGCCCAAAUUAAUGCUUCACAGAGUUCACAGACACAUCUCAACAUCAACUGUUCAGAGGGGACUGUGUGAAUCAGGCCUUCAUGGUUGAAUCUUUCUUCUUAACAAAAAAAAAGCUUGAGGAGGCUGGUGAUGUAGCGGGGUGGAUAAACCCCUGCUGGAGGCUCUCCUGUACGUAGGUCUCCAUGGCCUCGGUCUCCGCAUAGGAGAUUGGAUAGACGUGUCCUCUCGGGAGGGCUGCGUCAGACAGCAAGUCAAUGGCACAGUCCCAGGGGCGAUAAGGAGGCAGGCGUGUAAACUCGCUCUUAGAGAAAACCCAGUGCAGAUCCUGGUAUUCCUCCAGUAAAUCCACUUGAGUGGCGUGGUCCGGACUUUCCACUGUAGUGGUGUUGACAGACACCUCGAGACACCUCCCCUGACACUCCUGCGACCAGCCCAGCAGUCUCCUCUCAGACCAGGAAAUAAUAGGGUUAUGCCAACUCAACCAGGGGAGACCUAAAGUUCAUUCAGAAUGCUAGAAUGUUAACCAGGACCAAGAGAACGGAGCACAUCACUCCGGUUCUUAAAUCUUUACAUUGGCUUCCAGUCAGUUACAUAAUUGAUUUCAAAGUGGUGCUUUUAGUUUAUAAAUCUUUGAAUGGUUUAGGACCCGAGUACAUGUCUGAUAUGUUUGAAGAAUAUAAAUCGAGCAGGGCUCUUAGAUCCAUGAACACAGGUCAGCUAGUAGAGCCUAGAGCCCAAACUAAACAUGGAGAAGCUGCGUUUAGCACUUAUGCUGUACACAACUGGAAUAAACUACCAGAAAAUCUUAGAUGUGCCCCAAACGUAUCAAUUUUUAAAUCCAGGUUAAAAACACUUCUCUUUUCAUGUGCCUACGACUGAGCACUUAAACUUAACCACACUGUUUAGCCUUAUAGCUUCCUAUGUUUUCAUCCCAUUUAAAAAAAAAAUAAUAUAUAUAUAUAUAUUUUGUAUUUUUAUUAUUAUGAUGUUUUCAUUAUUUUUGAUAAACAUCUUUGUAAAGCACAUUGAAUUGCUUCGAUGUAUGAAUUGUGCUAUAUAAAUAAACUUUCUUUCUUGCUAAAACAAUUGGGUGCAUGGAGGUGUCUAUAAUCAAAAAGGUGAUCUGUUCUAAAUGAUUGUCAUGGGUCAGCAGAGAAACGGGAACAGCGGUGAUGUACGAGCCCUGUCCCUAUUGGACGAUUAUCCAGGUAGGGGAAUGGGUGACUGUAGGGGAACCAAAGGAAUGCGUAAUGCAGUGGCCAGUGCGCUAUCUAAAAGAUUCCCGGCAGCUCCGAAAUCAAUCAGCGCUAACGGGAGUGAGGGGCUAGGGUAUUCAGGGCAUUUAAUGGAAAAACACACUGGUUGAGUUGACAGAAAAGGAGAGGAGAUCUUGCAUCCUACCUGGGUUAAAGCAGGGGAAUUCCCUGGCUUGUCACCUCCUCACCUAUUAGUGGAUAAAGGGCAGGUCGGGGAGAAAUUACCCCUUUCUCCACAAUAGGAGCAGAGUCCCAGAUUCCUUCCUCUCCUACGCUCUGCCUCGGGCAAAUGUGCAGAGCCCACCUCCAUCGGGUCUGGCCACGGAGGAGGUGUAGCCAUGGGCUCCGGAUUCCGCGCAUGUCUUCGUCGGGACCGCAGGAGGUUGUCCAACCGGAUCGCCAUGCUGAUGAGCUGGUUGAGUGACAGGUUGUCAUCACGGCAGGCUAACUCCUUCUGUACCUCCUCCUGCAGUCCGCUGCGGAAAACGGUGACCAGAGCCGACUCGUUCUAUCCGGUGGAGGCCGCGAUGGUCCGGAACUCCAGGGCAAACUCUGAGGCGGUCCUAGAUCCCUGGCAUAGUCGGAGUAGACGCUCACCCCCCUCUCGGCCCUCCACAGGAUGAUCAAACACCGAGCGGAAGAGGAGGGUGAAGCGCUCGUAGGACUCGGCCUCGGGGCCGCCCGUUUCCCAGACCGCGGCACCCCAGUCCAGGGCCCUUCCGGUCAGUGCCGAGAUGACUGUGGCAACCCUGUCUUUCCCGGAGACAGCCUCGGUGUAGAGAGCGAGUUACAGGUCGCAUUGCAGAAGGAAUCCCUUGCAUCUCGCUGGCGCGCCAUCGAAGCGCUCCGGGAGGGACAGGGGUAUUCCACCCAACACAACGUACGUCAUGAAAAACGACGGGGUCGAAGCCCAAAACAAACAUGUAUAUAUAUAUAUCACAGGGAUGUAACACAAACAAAAGAGCGAGGUGUAGACCUCUAAACAAUACACGGGACGAGAACCGUAAUAACAGGAGCACAGUACACGGUACUCACGAGACCAACGGACAUGGGACAAUAAUCGACAAGGACAAUGGGGAACAGAGGGCACAUAUAUACACACAUACUAUUCAGGGGGAAUGGGAACCAGGUGUGCGUAAUGAGACAAGACAGUCUGGGGUUGGUGGUAAUGAUCCAGGUCAGUGACGCCUAGAAGACCAGUGACGUAGACCUCUGGAGCUGGUGAACGGAAUGAGCAGCAGUACCGGGGGGAUCCAUGACAGUGGGGGUGCUGUGCUGGUGACACUAUCAGUGAUUUAUUUAGAAUUCAAGGCACACUUAACCAGCAUGGCUACCUCCAGCAUUCUGCAUGGCCUCCACAAUCCCCCGAAUUCAAUCCAAUUGAGAUGGUUUGGGAUGAGUCAGAUGGCAGAGUGAAGGAAAAGCAGCCAACAAGUGCUCAGCAUAUGUGGGAACUCCUUAAAGACUGUUGGAAAAGCAUUCCAGGUGCAGCUGGUUGAGAGAAUGCCAAGAGUGUGCAAAGCUUUCGUCAAGGCAAAGGGUGGCUAUUUGAAUAAUCUCAAAUAUAAAAUAUAUUUUGAUUUGUUUAACACUUUUUGGGUUAUUACAUUAUUCCAUAUGUGUUAUUUCAUAGUUGUGAUGUCUUCACUAUUAUUCUACAAUGUAGAAAAUUGUAAAAAAUAAAGAAAAACCCUUGAAUGAGUAGGUGUGUCCAAACUUUUGAUUGGUGCUGUGUAAGAUACACAUUCCUUAUGUAUAUAUGUGUUUGCAUUGUGCUUUAGUACAAAAUAGUAUUAAAUCAGUAUUAUAAACAGCAUAAUGGGAAAGUCCUCUUUCACUGUCACAUAAAGUACAUUCAUUCACACACACAUUCUCCAUCUCUGUUGAUUUCACACACAUCCAUAUUCCAUAUAUCUAAUUGCAAAUCAGCUCUGCCCUCCUUUUCACUCUCCCUCCCUGCUAUCUCUGUGGCCCUCUUCAUGCCCAGACUAGAAUGGUUGGAGACUAGAGCGGUUGCUAUGAUACGUCCUCUUCAGAGAGCCAGGCAGGCAGGCCUUUAUCAGUGGCUGGCCACAGGCUGCAGUUGCUGCUGGGAGCUGGUGAUCAGAGAGGGGCUGGAUGCAGGGUGCAGCUCUGGCUGACUGGUGAUAAACUGCCUGCCUGCUCACCACAAACAAACUACUGUUCCAGCAAAUUAGGAGGCAGACAUUGAGAGAGAGAAAGUGAAACAGAAAAGGAGAGAGGAGAGGAUAGUGUUGUGUGUGUAGCUGCAGCGCAUUUAUUUGUUGUUAUUAAAGUAAAGCUGAUCUUGGACCAGUGCCUAAUGGUAAUCUAGUGUGUGGGCGGUAGCAGUUAUAAUUGUGUGCCAUUGUAGGAGUUGUAGUGCAGUGUUGGAGGUGCAUUAACAUGUACAGUGGCGUAAAGUACUUCAGUAAAAAUACUUUAAAGCACUACUUAAGUCGUUUUCUUUGGGUAUCUGUACUUUACUAUUUAUAUUUUUGACAACUUUUACUUUUAAUUCCUAAAGACAAUUAUAUACUUUUUACUCCAUAUAUUUUCCCUGACACGCAAAAGUAUGCGUUACAUUUUGAAUGCUUAGCAGGACAGGAAAAUGGUCCAAUUCACACACUUAUCACCAGAACAUCCUUGGACAUCCCUACUGCCUCUGAAUCUCUCAAUAAACACAAAUUAUUUGUUUGUAAAUGAUGCGUGUUGGAGUUUGCCGCUGGCUAUCCGUAAAUUUAAAAAACAAGAAAAUCGUACCGUCUGGUUUGCUUAGUAUAAGGAAUUUGAAAUGAUUUAUACUUUUACUUUUGAUACUUAAGUAUGUUUCAAACCAAAUACUUUUAGACUUUUAUUCAAGUAGUAUUUUAUAGGGUUACUUUUUUUAUAGGGUUACUUUUACUUUAGUCUUUCUAUUAAGGUAUCUUUGCUUUUACUCAAAUAUGACAAUUGGUUACUUUUCCCACCACUGACCGUGUAGACUAUAGAGACUCUGGACAGAGACUGUGAACAUCAAGCAUGAUGUGGCUAGUGGUUGAUUUCUACAUGUUGUUUUUGUGGUUUAGGAACUGAACAUUAUUUUGUAGUUUAGCAACUGAACACUGAACAGUCUCUCUCUCUCUCUCUCUCUGUUGUGGAUUAGAGUUAGUGAAAGAAAGACAGACACGUGUUGUUGUGUAGCCCUCAGGUUUAUAGUGGAGGGCUUUACAGACACAGACCAAGUGUGGUGAGUAUUUCUACCUCUGUGAACAGUACAUUUUACAUUUUAGUCAUUUAGCAGAUGCUCUUAUCCAGAGCAACUUCCAGUUAGUGCAUUCAUCUUAAGACAACUAGGUGAGACAACCACAUAUCAUAGAUGGUAAGUACAUUUUUUCUCAAUAAAGUAUUUAUCAGCAAAGUCAGUGCCAGUAGGAAAAGACAAGUGUAAGUUUUUGUUUAUUUUACAGUAGUUUUUUUUACUUUGUGUCCAUGGCAACCAUUCACCUUGCUUGUAAACUAAAGUGUGUGUUCAUGUAUGUUUGCUCAAGUUCUAUCCUAAUUCAUUAUAAUGUAGAUGCAUUGCUGUAUUUGUAGAUACAUUAUUUCCAAUUAUUAACUUCUGCAAAUCUGUACCCUGAAGUUCCUAAAGCAGUUGUGUGAGUGUAUAUUAUGUGUGCAUGGUGUGUGUUAAGUGUGUGCUUGUCCGUUCCCAGGCUGGAUGUAUCACCCAGCAGAGCAGUGUUCUGGCCGUAACACCAGGGACUCCUACCAUGCUGGAGGACCUUCCAGAGGAACAUGGGCCCCCGUCAACAGUCGCCCCUGGGGCCCUCCAAAUAGGUGACCCCUCUUCUUAUACCACUGCCUACUGACCCAAUCACAACCCUUCUUCCUGUUCUGUAGUCUGUGCUGAGCCAAUGGUAACCCUCCUUUCUCUACUGUAGGUUCAAUGGAGGAAUCAACCAAUCCCAGCACCCAAACAAGAUAUAUACCGACAGGUGAAUGAAACAUCUCAAUCGUUCAGAUCUUACAUUGUGUGUAGAAAGUCCACAGUCACCUUAAUGUAGUGAUCCCUUAGUGAUCUCCACUUUCUCUCUGGAACAUAGGGGGGACAGGCCACCCUCCCAUGCCCUGGGAAGGGGUCCUCAGCGGGACCAGAGACUAGCACCACGACCCUGGGACCAGAAGGACCAGGCUUAUGAGACCCAUGGCUGGCACCAGGACUCCCCACGGUCAUUUCACAACCAUGGCCGCAACCAGGGGGGCUACCAAGCAGGACCUGGGGAACCCUUCACCCGCUGGGACUCCUACAAAAACCAGCCUCCCAGGGUGAGAUGGGAAGAGGGUAGUGCUCUAUAAAUACUGUACAUAAUUAUUUAUAUAUUACAUCGUUUUUAUGAUUGAUUGCAUGACUUUAAUUAUGAUAAUUGUCUCUCCCAGUAUGGGGGUCCCCACCAGCACCAUCUGCCCAGAGACCCCCCCAGAGACCUGGGCUCCCCAGCAGAGAGGUGGGCCCCCUCAGACCGCUCCAGAGCCUUCCAAGGCAGGAUGAUGGACCAAGGACUAGGACCAUGGAAACGCCCAGCCUCCCACCAUCACAACCACCACCGUGACCAACUUACACACUGCUCCCCACCCUCACAGCACCCCCCGCCUCCCAGGGAAGACUGCCUUGCCAAGAAGAGCAGGAGCUCUGGUCCUGAGCAGGUCAGUCACCACCUAAUCUCUGUUAACCCAGAAGUAAAAUCUUGGGUAACGUUAAUUUGGUCAGCUGUGUGAUUAACUUCUUGGUCUAUACGUAUUAGAAAUCAAGAGUUCUGGCGGUUUGCGAAGUCUCCACCCUCACAAAAGGAACCCCCACCCCCCCCUUCCGAUCCAUGUGGGCACACGCGCAAAGCACUCGAAUUGAAGCAGUUUAAUAAGCACCGCCUUGGCCCAAACCUGAUAUGUCCAUAUAACCAGUAACGAAAACCCAAAGACCGAAACUACUGCAGCUCGUUAUCUCACCCAUCCCAUUCAGUCCCGACAGAUUCUUCAGUGAUUAGUCACCACCUGAGCUAGUGAUCGUGACCUUCCACCUCUUCCUUGGCCAUUCUCCAUGUGUCUGUGUUUGCCAGGAGUGGAAGGUCCCCCACCACCACCAGCUAGUUCUGCUAUUAGUGCUUGAGAAAUAUGUUUUCCCUAACCUGAUCUAGGAUCAAAUGGCUUUACUACCAACCUUAACCAUUAGGGUAAUAUCUAUCUGAUCCUGGAACAGUGGUUUGAAGCAACUCUGUGUGUAGCCAUGAUAUUUAUACAAUAGCACCACCUUCUGGCAAGACCACACCAGGAUACCGACUGUUUAUUACUGUUCUCUCUCACCAGCCCUCUCACCGUGGAUCAAUGCAUUUAUCCGUCCCAGACAAGCACCAAUCACCACCCUACUACCCUCCUUCCAAACAAGGCUUCUGGAAACAAUCAUAUGACAGACCUGGUCCUCGCACCCAUGCUGACAGGAGGAGCUCAUCUACAGAGUUACAAGUAAGUCAGUAAAUAGCCAAUGAACUUCAAGAGAGCAAUGCGCUAUUAAAGACUACUCAUUGAUGAACCAUCCUCUCUCUCUCUUGUUAUUUCAGGAAUCCACCAAGUCAGGAUUAGGGAGUAUCAAAUACAGAACACAUCAUUCUACCCAUUCUCCAGUUCCCCAGGUCCCCUUCAAUGGUCAAGGCCCCCCUCCUUCCUCCUACCCCCGCCACCCCUCUCCAGCCCAGCCCUGUGGCAGCAGCAGACCCCCCCACCAUGGAUCCAGAGUGGAGGUGGAUGGCCAGUCCCAGCACCCCUCCUCACCAGCAGAUCCCACCGGCGUGCCUUACAGCCAGCACCUCCACCACCAGCGUCCCCCAUCACCCCCCUCAGUACCUCAGCACAGCCCCCCAGCCCCACGCUCCCACAGACAGCAGAGGGAUCAGACCCCCUCCCAGCCCUAUGCUACAGAGCCACCCCACCGCAACAGCAACCACAGAGAUGGAGGCUGCACCACCCUGAGCUCCUCCAGCCCCUCUGGCCUCUCCAGCUCCACCACUCCUAGUAAGGCCAGUGGGAAGAAAGAUCCACCUCCCAAUCAGAGGAGCCCUGACAUUGGCACAGGCACACCCCAUAAACGGGGACCAAGGACCCCCUCGCCCAGUCCCACAACUCCCCCUCUCUCUGCCUCCUCCACAGGGCUAGGCUCAGGCACUCAGAGGUCAGAGAUGAAGCCCAGCAGGGCCUCAGAGCCUCAGACCCAACCCAGCUCUCCUACUGUCAACAACAACAGACCUACUGGCAACAAGCCAGAGCUGCAGCCUCACGGACACAAACAGACAGAGAGGAAACAUAAGGAAAGGAGAGCAGAAAGAGGCAAGGAGGGAAAGAGGGAACAGAAGAGGAAGACGGAGAGUAAGAUGGAGGAGAGGAAAAGGAGAAAGGAGAAAGAAGAGAAAAGUGGGGAUGGGGUGAAGAAUAAAACCCAUAAAGGAGAAGAGGUGAGGGACAAAGUGGAAAGAAAAAAGCAAGAAGAAGAGAGGAAGACAGAGAAAAGGGAUAAAAAGCUGGAAAAAGCAGAGAGGGGAUCCUCAAAGUCCCCACAUAGUUCAUCCCUCGCUCCGUCAGUAUGGCCUUCCUCCCCUAAGUCUGGAUCUAAGGUUCCAGGGAAGCCAGGAAAGCCAGGCCAACCCUCCCAGACACCAUCCACCCCUGGUAAACACAUACACAGGGAGAAUGCCCAAGAAAGAGGUGGAAAGCCCCAUGACCACAGCUCUCCAAAUACCUCAGAGACAAUCCCACUUGCUGGCCCGCCUGCAGCCCGUCCCAGCCGACCCACACCCUCACCACAUCCAUCCAAACACAAAAAGUCAGAGAGGGGAGGGACCCUGAACAAGUCAAACCCAACUCAACCCAAAUUCCCUGUCAAGGACUCACCACUGCCAGCCUGUCUUCCACCCACCACCACCCACAAUACCACCACCAACAACAACGUCAGCACCAACAUGACCAAUAAGGCCAGUAAUACCAGUCCCCAGCCCACCAGUCCUCCAACACCUUCUAAAUGCAGCCCAGGGAGGAAGGCUGAUUUGACCCCCUCCACACUCUCAUCCAAAACCCCAGCAGCUCCCACUGUGGCUGGGUCAGGGGGGUCCAUCCAGAGCCAGACAGAGACAUUGGGUGUUAGUCCAGAAGGCGGGGUCCUGCGGGCCCCAGAUCUCCAACCUGCGGCAGGGGUGGGCAGUGUGGAGGAGCUGGGAGACAACCCCCCCGCCAGUCCCCCUGUUCUCAGCUGGCAAGGCUCCCCAGCAUCAGCCCUGAGUGAGGAAGAGGAAGAGGAGGGAGGAGUGAUGAGGAGACCUGUCCUGCAGCCCAGCCCCACCCACGGCCCGCCCCUCUCACCCCCUCAUGGGAACUCAGAGGGGCUCAAUGAGAAGGCUGAGGGGGUCAGUGAGGGGAGGGGUGCUGAUGACCUUCGCCAUAGUGACCUGGCCAAGCUCUAUGGCUUGCCUGAUACUCCCAAUGGAGUGGAGGAAGAGGAGGAGGAAGAAGAGGAGGAUAGUGGUGGAGACACAUCGUCCAGCUCUCUGCCUCCCCGUCGGCCACACCUCCACCAGACAGGAGUGGCUGAUGUCUUCAAAUCGUUGGCCUCAUUCCUGGGGGGCCAGAGGUACACAUAUCGGGGCGGUCCGUUUGGGCGUCCUCCUCCUAGCUCCAUGGGAGGAGUGAAGUACUCUUCAUCCCUCGCCAUGGACCCGGAAACCAAUUGUCAGGACCAGCAAAACCCCUCCCCCACAUCCAACUCCACCACGCCUCCAAGACGCACUAGCCAAUCACCCACUCACAUUACCUCAGAUCCGCCUUCCAAACCCCGCCCUCCCUUAAACCUCGACCAACCACAGCUCUCCGUGGGGGAGCGCACGAAACAGAAGCACGCGAGAUUGGAGGAGAUUCUGAAUGAGAGAAAGAAAGGGAAGACUAAGCGUGUAGACAGUGGGGAGACGGCCGGGUCUCUGAGCGCUGAGCUUAGACUGACCACCACACAUCGGCUGCCUGCCACCACCAAGGAGGAGCGGGGACAGAGGGAGGUACGCAGGCAGACAGACAGAAAGAGGGAACAAAGCAGUGCGGAUGGAAACAGGGACGGGGAAGGGAAGAGCAAGAGAAGAAAACAAGAUAACAGCAUCAGCAGUCAUCAGAGGAGUGGAGGCAAUGAAAAGAAGAAGGUGGAAGAAAAGAGUGACAGAAAAUCAGCCUCCUCCAUUACGUUGUUCUCAUCUACACCUCACCCCAGUCACCCAGCCAAGCAGCUCAAAGACACUAAGAAGAGCCGUCCCAUUCAGGGGAACCUUGGUCUCCAGAGCAAAGACAUCCAGGGACAGAAAGACAAGACGCACACAGGAAACACUGAGCAGGGGGCACAAUCAAAAGAGACGAAGGAGGAGAGAGGCAGUGAGCCUGAAACCAAGACGUCCACACCAGGCAGCAACACAGACACAGUGGCAACAGCACCCACCACCAGCAUUAUCAACACCUCCUCCACUGCUACCACCUCCCCUUCUCCCACCCCGGCCCCCUCUGCUGCCGCAGUGAUGAGGACCCUCUGUCCCCUGGCUGCUGCUGACUUCCUCAAGCUGAAGGCUCUGUCCAUUGGCCCUCCCAAGGAGCUGAAGAUCCGUCUGAUCAAGGUGGAGAGUGGAGUCCGAGAGACGUUCAUCGCCUCCGAGGUGGAGGAGCGCAGGAUCCCUCUAGGAGAGGUCAGCAUCAGACACACAGCCAGCGAGGUCGUCAGGUCCUGCAAGUGAGUACAUGGUACAUGUGAUGUACAGUGGGGGAAAAAAGUAUUUAGUCAGCCACCAAUUGUGCAAGUUCUCCCACUUAAAAAGAUGAGAGAGGCCUGUAAUUUUCAUCAUAGGUACACGUCAACUAUGACAGACAAAUUGAGAAAAAAUAAUCCAGAAAAUCACAUUGUAGGAUUUUUAAUGAAUUUAUUUGCAAAUUAUGGUGGAAAAUAAGUAUUUGGUCACCUACAAACAAGCAAGAUUUCUGGCUCUCACAGACCUGUAACUUCUUCUUUAAGAGGCUCCUCUGUCCUCCACUCAUUACCUGUAUUAAUGGCACCUGUUUGAACUUGUUAUCAGUAUAAAAGACACCUGUCCACAACCUCAAACAGUCACACUCCAAACUCCACUAUGGCCAAGACCAAAGAGCUGUCAAAGGACACCAGAAACAAAAUUGUAGACCUGCACCAGGCUGGGAAGACUGAAUCUGCAAUAGGUAAGCAGCUUGGUUUGAAGAAAUCAACUGUGGGAGCAAUUAUUAGGAAAUGGAAGACAUACAAGACCACUGAUAAUCUCCCUCUAUCUGGGGCUCCACGCAAGUUCUCACCCCGUGGGGUCAAAAUGAUCACAAGAACGGUGAGCAAAAAUCCCAGAACCACACGGGGGGACCUAGUGAAUGACCUGCAGAGAGCUGGGACCAAAGUAACAAAGCCUACCAUCAGUAACACACUACGCCGCCAGGGACUCAAAUCCUGCAGUGCCAGACGUGUCCCCCUGCUUAAGCCAGUACAUGUCCAGGCCCGUCUGAAGUUUGCUAGAGUGCAUUUGGAUGAUCCAGAAGAGGAUUGGGAGAAUGUCAUGUGGUCAGAUGAAACCAAAAUAUAACUUUUUGGUAAAAAAUCGUCGUGUUUGGAGGACAAAGAAUGCUGAGUUGCAUCUAAAGAACACCAUACCUACUGUGAAGCAUGGGGGUGGAAACAUCAUGCUUUGGGGCUGUUUUUCUGCAAAGGGACCAGGACGACUGAUCCGUGUAAAGGAAAGAAUGAAUGGGGCCAUGUAUCGUGAGAUUUUGAGUGAAAACCUCCUUCCAUCAGCAAGGGCAUUGAAGAUGAAACGUGGCUGGGUCUUUCAGCAUGACAAUGAUCCCAAACACACCGCCCGGGCAACGAAGGAGUGGCUUCGUAAGAAGCAUUUCAAGGUCCUGGAGUGGCCUAGCCAGUCUCCAGAUCUCAACCCCAUAGAAAAUCUUUGGAGGGAGUUGAAAGUCCGUGUUGCCCAGCGACAGCCCCAAAACAUCACUGCUCUAGAGGAGAUCUGCAUGGAGGAAUGGGCCAAAAUACCAGCAACAGUGUGUGAAAACCUUGUGAAGACUUACAGAAAACGUUUGACCUGUGUCAUUGCCAACAAAGGGUAUAUAACAAAGUAUUGAAAAACUUUUGUUGUUGACCAAAUACUUAUUUUCCACCAUAAUUUGCAAAUAAAUUCAUUAAAAAUCCUACAAUGUGAUUUUCUGGAUUUUAUUUUCUCAUUUUGUCUGUCAUAGUUGACGUGUACCUAUGAUGAAAAUUACAGGCCUUUCUCAUCUUUUUAAGUCGGAGAACUUGCACAAUUGGUGGCUGACUAAACACUUUUUUUCCCCACUGUACAUUUACUACCAAGACAUUUCAAUGGAGGAAGAGAGGUUGGGGCACAAAACAUUGAAAGUGGGUUAAAUUCAAUCUUAUUGAAUUCUCCCUCUUCAUCUGUCUCUUUCUCUGUCUGUUUUAGGGGGGCGAAGGUGAAGGGGAAGUUUCGGGAGUCCUAUCUGCUCCCUGCUUUCUCUGUCAAGCCUGUCCUUAGCACCGACACACCAAUCCCACGAGAGAAGCUCAACCCCCCCACACCAAGCAUCUAUGUGAGUCCACACUCUAGGGGCGCUGCACGGCGGCUGACCCUAUGCACCAACCAGUCUGUGCGUGUGGGUGUCUUGGGGGGGGGGGGGGGAUAAAGCAAAAGAAAACAUGCAGCUCUGUGUCCAAUGACAAUAGACCAUAAAGUAAUCUUCUUCUUCUUUUUCCCCCCUCUUUUCUUCUUCAUUCUCAUACCCAUCACUCACAUAUCAGUUCUGGAUGUGUGCCUAGUUGAUGUAUUCCUGUGUUGUCCUGUGUGUCUGUGUCCAGUUGGAGAGUAAGAGAGAUGCCUUCUCCCCAGUCCUCCUCCAAUUCUGUACCGACCCCAAGAACCCUGUCACUGUCAUCAGAGGCCUGGCUGGAUCCCUACGACUCAGUGAGUUUGCACAUUUCGAUUUGUCUCUGGGCUAAAGGUUAAAACAGCAACAUAAUUUCUGAUUUACUUACUAUACUUUUAUCUCAUUCCUCUUUCCUCUCCCUCCCUCUCUCCCUCCCCCUCUCCCUCCCUCUCUGUCAGACCUGGGUCUGUUCUCCACUAAGUCUCUGGUGGAGGCCAAUGCAGAGCACGCUGUGGAGGUGAGGACCCAGGUGCAGCAGCCUGCUGAUGAGAACUGGGACGCCACUGGUUCAGCUCAGACCUGGCCCUGCGAGAGCAGCCGCUCACACACCACCAUCGCCAAGUACGCCGCAUACCAGGCCUCCAGCUUCCAGGAGAGCCUCCAGGUUGGAGAUGAACACACACACACAAAUAUCACACACACAAACACAUAAUGCUUCCAUACUAUUCCUCCCCCCACUUCCUCUCUUUGCCCAGCUACGUUCAUGUGCCUAUAUGUGUCUACAGGAAGAGAAGGACAGUGAGGAUGAGGAUGAGGAAGAACAAGAAGAGAAACAGACUCUGCCCUCUGACCCAUCAACCAACCCUGCAUCUGGCACCAGCAAACCCAGCCCUACUGUGGUUACUAGCAAAGCAACUCCUACAACAGUUGCUAGUAAAGCCAACUCUACCACAGUUGCUGGCAAAGUUGGCCCUACCCCUAUUGCUAACACACUCAGGUCACCUCAUAGUAUCCACAGCAUACUGUGCAGUCAACUCCUUAUGAAAUCAAAUACAAUACCUUUAAUCAAAACAAUAUUCUGACGUUUUUUUAGACACUUCCUCUUUCCUAUAGGCCGGAGGCGAAAUCAACUGGAAAGAUUAUCAAAUUCGGCACCAACAUCGACAUCUCUGAUCCUAAGAGGUGAGAUUAGCUUUAUAUGUGGUUGGUUCUUUUAGACAGGGCUAAGGACACCCAUAGAGAGGAAGUAGAGUGUUAACAUAUGUUUGAUGUGUGUUACCAGGUGGAAGCCCCAGCUGCAGGAGCUGCUGAAGCUACCAGCCUUUAUGCGUGUGGAGUCCAAUGGGAACAUGCUGAGCCAUGUGGGACACACCAUCCUGGGCAUGAACACCGUCCAGCUCUACAUGAAGGUCCCCGGCAGCCGUACACCUGGUCAGUGUCUGAGUUAUAUUGGUGUGUGUUUAAAUGCAUAUUACAUGCAUCUGUCCAUCAUGGGCUUAAAUAUCUCUGUAUGUCUGUUUUCAGGCCACCAGGAGAAUAAUAACUUCUGCUCUGUGAACAUCAACAUUGGGCCGGGGGAUUGUGAGUGGUUCGCAGUCCAUGAACACUACUGGGAGCACAUCAACAAUUUCUGUGAGAAGUGAGUCAUGGGUCUGCUUUCGUGUGAGGGUCUGUCUUCAAUUUAGUUAAGCAUUUGAGCUGUUCUGCUCAUUGAAAUGCAUAACAACAGUGAUCCAAAGGGGAUUUGAACCAGAAACCACUACUUUGCUAUCAUCUCUCCUCCCUCCUUCAGGCAUGGAGUAGACUACCUGACUGGGUCCUGGUGGCCUGUUCUGGAGGACCUGUAUCGCUCCAACAUCCCAGUGUACCGCUUCAUCCAGAGACCAGGGGACCUGGUGUGGAUCAACGCAGGGUCCGUCCACUGGGUGCAGGCUGUGGGCUGGUGCAACAACAUCGCCUGGAACGUGGGACCUCUCAACUGUGAGUUAUUAAUAGUGUCCAGCAGGGCAAGCCAUAGAUAGGAAAUGGGAGCUGGGUCAUACACAGUGCAGCUAUUGUAUCUACACAAUCCUUUACCUCAGUCAAAUUAAAUCAAAAUCCCUUUGUGUGCUUUUCUACUGUAAAGUAUGUCUGUGUCGUCUUUGCCCUUGCAGCAUACCAGUAUCAGCUGGCUCUGGAGCGCUUUGAGUGGAAUGAGAUCAAGAAGGUCAAGUCCAUCGUUCCCAUGAUCCAUGUCUCCUGGAACGUAGCCCGCACUAUCAAGAUCACCGACCAAGAAACCUACAAGAUGGUCAAGUGUGUGUGUGUGUGUGUGUGGUGUGUGUGUAAGUGUCCCUCGUCAUCUAUCUAGUAUGAAUGUUUGUUUCUUGCUACACCUUACCUCUCUCUCUCUCUCUUUUCUCUCCCUCCCUCAAACCCCCUCCUUCUCUCAGACAUUGUCUCCUGCAGUCCAUUAAGCACAUUCAGAUUCUGAGAGACCAGCUGGUUGCUGCAGGGAAGAAAAUCUCUUAUCAGAGUCGUGUGAAGGACGAACCAGCCUACUACUGCAACGAGUGUGACGUAAGUCCCUCCCAACAGCCUGUGGAUGUAUGCCUGAAUCAGACCUGCUAUGAACUACCAUGUCCCGAGCAUCUUAUCCAACAGAGUGUUGGUGUAUGGCUUUGGUUAUUUCUGCAGUGAGUGAUUGUGUUGUGUCUGUGUGCAGGUGGAGGUGUUUGACCUGCUGUUUGUAACUAGUGAGUCUGGCAGCAGGAAGACCUACAUGGUGCACUGUGAGGACUGUGCCCGGACUGUGUCCAAGAGCCCCUCGCUGGCAGGAGUAGUGGUGCUGGAGCAGUACUGCAUGGAGGAGCUGAUGAGAACCUAUGACAGCAUCUGUGUGGUGAGACAUACACACACACACCAUUUUUCUGCGUGCUGUGAAGUUAUGUCCAUCAUAUUUACCCCCCUUUCUUUCUUUCUGUCUAUCUUUCUCUUCCUCUUUCUCUCUCCAGACUCCAUCACCCUGCUCCAAGUGA